UUGAUCAGGUAUUAGGGCGCACAGCAAUCCUGAUUGGGUCAACCUUCCUGCUGACGUGCUUUCUGGCACUAUCCUGUCUGGAAUUCAUCGUACCUCGCUUCUCUUUCCCUCUAGCCAUCUUCCUCUGGCUAAUCCUACUCACCUCAUCCUACACCAUACAAAUCAUGCGCCCUGGUCAUGUACCCACCGAUGGGGUGGGGUUGGUCCUCUUUAUCACCCUUGCUGCACACACCAUGUUACCGGUCUCUCACAUCGUUGCCGUGGUCAUUGGCACCCUCACUUGUCUCCCUCAUGUUAUUCUCUCUGCCAUUCUCGGCAGCCAUGAUGAACCCAUCAAUAAGUUAUUGAAGAUUCUUAGUAAUAUAGUGAUGUUUGUUUGUGUGAACUUCAUUGGUGUGUGUCACAAACAUCUCCUUGAUGUGGCUCAACGUAGGACUUUCCUAGACACAAGGAGCUGUAUAGAGUCUAGAAUAAAACUUGAGCAUGAACAAGCACAACAGGAGAGAUUAUUACUAUCUGUGUUACCUGCUCACCUUGCAUAUGAGAUGAAAACAGAGAUGAUGGAAAGGGUUCGAGAUCCUUCUAUGAGCCCUUUCUCAUCCCAUCGGCCUAGUAACAGCACACACUUUCACAGUCUAUAUGUCAAGAGACAUAAAAAUGUCAGCAUACUGUAUGCAGAUAUUGUAGGAUUUACAGCACUAGCUAGUGAAUGUUCUCCACCAGAACUUGUCAAAACUCUCAAUGAACUCUUUGGAAGAUUUGAUCAGCUUGCAGAGGAAUUUGACUGCAUGAGAAUCAAGAUUUUAGGUGACUGUUAUUAUUGUGUGUCAGGUCUUCCUAUAUCCAGACCUACACAUGCUAUCAACUGUGUGGAGAUGGGAUUAGCUAUGUGUGAAGCUAUCAAGUAAGUUUCUUUUGAUCCUCUAUAACUUUUAUUCCUAAUUAAUUGAGUGUAAAAUAUGAAAUUGUGUACCAAUUUUACAAUUCUAUUUUAGUCAAAUGUACAAUAUAUUCAUUAUAACACUAUAAAAAUGUGAUGAAUGAAAGUACAAGAUAUGUAACAAAUCUUGUUGAUUUCUAUUUGAAAAAAAAUUAUAUUUUCUUGGGAGUCCUGUUACAAAAGCAUCAUACAAUAUUCCACUCACUGGGAGAUUAAAAGUUAUUUCAAGGAAUAAAUCAUUCUUACAUUCAACAGUCAAUUUUGUUAUAAUAUUAGCUAGGUGUCCAUUGUAGAUACUUUGAAUUUUGUUAUACUGUGUGAGUAAAAAAAAAUUACACCACACAAAUCCCUAAUUUAAGGGAAAAUAGUUCAUGAGCACAUUAUUAUAUAUGGCCUGAAAGAGUAAUUUCUCCCCAAAAAUGUGAUACCAUAUUUGUGUGGUAUGUAUUCACUGGUAUGUCUUCAUGCUUGGAUAAUUAGGUAUUCUUUGCAGGGAUGUAAAUUUUGACUUGCGCCAAAGUAAGGCAUGACUGUAAUAAAUGAAUCCAGAUGUCAUUGAUGUUAUAAUCCUAGAAGGGUUGUAGUAAAAUCCAUUGCAAAACACCUUUUCAUUAAUGAACAUGGGAGUUGUCUUUUUAUCCCUUUCCCCAGUUUCCUUAUCUGUUCUAUAUGUUUCAGCUAACUGGUGAAAAAGAAAAAUGCAAUUCUUCCUAAGUAAAUUAGUAGGGGAGAGUGGGGAUAAAUUAGGCCACCUUGUUUAUGAUUCCAAUUAUAUCUUUUCAGCUCAUCUGGGUUAGAUGAGCUUAUACCAUGGCUUGGCAUCCGUCAUCUGUCGUCCGUCCACUAUUUCAAAAUGCUCCUUCUUUGCCAUUUCAAGACCGAUUUCAAUUCUGUUUGCUUUAUAUGAUAGCACUAGGUGGGGGAUUUAAAACUUCUACAAAGAAUUUUGAAACUCAUUAAAUAUGCUAAUUUAUGCGCAUUUUUCAAAAUUCACAAAAAAAUGCUUCUCCUUUAUUUGUUGACCGAUUUUGAUUUUUUUUCUUCCAUCUGGUUGAGCUUCUUGAGGUUCACCAAACUUACAAAGAAUUUUGAAAUUUUGAGUAGAAAAUUAUUUACGCUAAUUUAUGUGAGAUUUAUUCAUAAAUCACAGAGAAAUGCCUCUUCUUCAUUUGUUGACCAAUUUUGAUUUUUUUUCUUCCAUCUGGUAGAGCUUCUUGAGGUUCACCAAACUUGUACACAAAAUUUUUGAAAUUUUGACUAGAAAAUUAUGCUAAUUUAUGCAAAAUUUAUUCAUAAAUCACAAUAAAUGCUUUAUUUAUUUCAAUAACUGGGAUACAUCUCUUUAACUAUUGCUUUUCAUCCACAUGAAUGACUAAACAUAGAAAAUAACACACAUAAAAUUCCUUGCGCGGUGACCCAUCUCCCUGACCCGAGCAUUACGCCCAGUAAAUCAAUCACGGCCACGUCACGUCCUCUUCACUUCGUGUCUUAACCGAGUCGAGACGUUCAAAGCGAAGUCUCACUUCAACAUUAGAAAUUUAAUGUUUGGAGAAUCUUUUCUUGGCGUUCUUGUUAUUUGUAUGACUCAUUUUGCUGUUAUAUCAAUCUGAGUCUAGGUUGCGCGGGUUUUCGUGUAUUUUUUAGACCAUUUUUGGUCAUCUUCGUUUGAGCUUGUUUUGCCUUCACACGUCGCUUGUAUGGGUGGAGAGUUUGAUAGAGCUUUUCAUUUCAUUUCAAAUAAACAUUUAUUUUCCUCCAUUUUACAAAAUUUCUUCAUUUUUGUUAACAAGAAUUCAUAUGAAAUCAAUUACCAUAAAGAAUAUAAAUAUAUACAACUUAUGUGUACAGAAGAAGGCGUAGGUCCCUAGAAGCACUAGCCUCUUGUCGAGGCCCUGGCGGCUGCUUCCCGGGCGAAGCGAGGGAUUUCCUAAUUCGCGAAGCAAAUUAGGCCUGACGCGAGCCAAGGCCUCUUGACAUCUGGGCUGAAUUAUAUAUUCAUGAGGAACGUCUUCCUAAUGAAUAUACAUCAGUUGUAAUAUCACUGGUCACAUAGUAAACCAAUGAAAAUAAUGUCAAAGCUGUUUCGUACGGGGUUCGGAAUACUAUAUAGUAGUCCACUAUUCUGCAGGGGAUUCAAGAAUUGCGGGACACUAAAGGGGAUAUAACCAGCAAAAUGCUACAAACAGUGGUACUACUACUACUACUAGUACUGGCCGUAAAAGACCCAUCACCGCCCCAAAACUUCCCGGGAGAUACUGGUCAGCCGCUGGUCAGACUCGAGUCAAGGGGAAACAACUCUACUCCAGCAUUCCCUCACUGCACAGCAGAGAACGAUACUCGACACAUAGUGGAAUCGCAUGAAAGAUAACAUUUUUUCCAUAUCCUGUGGGUAGAUUUACAAAAACAUAUCGUCCUUUCAGUGCAGAUUUAAUUUUAUCGACUUGCAAAUCCUUAAAUCGGUCAAUAUUCAGCAUUUUAGAGGCAUAUUCAAUGCUCUUUGAUAUUUCGUCGUCACUCUUCGCCAAGAAUCCACGGGUCGCCAUUCAAGAUGAGCUCAUGAAUAUUCAAUAUGACGUCAUAGCAGCCCGCGCUCUCAUUGGAUGAUUUUCACCGACCAGUUUUUGGUCGGUAUAUUGGUAAAAACAAUAAAAUAAAAGAAAGUCGGUGAAAUUCGGCUCAGUUGUCAAGAGGUCCUGUCUUGCGGCGCUCUGCUUCGCUCUCUCCCUUGCUUCGCCAUGUUCGCUCGGAAAGCAGCCGACAGGGCCUCGACAAGAGGCUAUAGAAGCACAUGCUUGUGGACAUAUAGAUAUAUACAAUACACAAAAUCAAUACAAAGAUAAGAAGGGCUAGAAAAAGAGAAGAAUGGAAGAAAACGAGAGAGGGAGAAGUGAGCAGGAAGGUGGGCAUGAGUUACCGAGUACCGAGCAAAUAGAUCGUACAACAAUGUAUGAUGGAGAAGAGAGAGGGAGAGAUAAAAAAAAUAAUGCCGCAGCAACAGUUGCACAUUAUUCAUUUUAUCAUGUUAACUUAAGAUCAAAAGGAAUAUAAGGUAUGAGGAUAUUCAUGCAUAGGAUGAUAAAAUCAUUUUUUUUAUCUUAAAUUUUAAGCUACCAUAAGUAACGGACUAUAAACCUCACCCGUGUAUUAACUGCACCCCCAACUUUGGACU